AUGAAACUUCAACUUGAACUAAAUCGUAAUCCUUCAAACCCUGGGCGUUAUCAUGGUCAAGGCUUUGCUAAACUUAGAAAAGGCAAACAAUUGGAAGUUGGUCAUUAUGAUUCCAGUACUAAGGAGGGUGCUGGGAUAAAAAACAUAUUUCAAGCAAAUCUUCAUCUAGAUUAUGCUAAUGGAACCGAUGAACAAAACUUGGCAUAUACUGGAAAAGAUUAUGAUAGAUGUAAAAAUCCAGAUCACCAACCAUGCAAAUGUGAUUUUUUUGAUCUUUCCAAAAUAUGCAAAAAGUGUAAUAAGUCUUGUGAAAGACCAUUUGCUCGAAUUAGUAAAGAUACUAAAAUUGCUGGUCCUUGGGAAUGGAUUUUUGAUGAAUCUAAAUAUACUUUGGAUUCAGAAGACGAAGAAGUUCAAACAAACCCUUAUGAUAUAGCAACUGAAGAAGUAUUAAAAGGAGAAGAUAUUGAUAAAGUAAUUAUUAAAUAUGCACCUUCUUGUAAAAAGUGGUCACAAACACCUCAAGGAUUAGAAAGAAUUGCUAAAGCUAUUAAGAAGCGAAAAAUUAAUCCUUUAAAAAAUAUUAAACGAUUUUGGGAGCCAUGUAUAAUCUAUAUCUAUGGAGAUACUGGAACAGGAAAAAGUGAACUUUGCAAAGAUUUAUUUCCCGGAAUGUAUGAAAAAGAUGAUAUUAAGCAAUUUGAAGAAUAUAAUAAUGAUGAAUUUAAUUAUAACCGUGAUAAUGCAAUUUUGUUAGAUGAUUUUUAUGGAUCAAAUAUUACAUGGACAAAUUUUUUAAGAUUAACUGAUCGUAAUCAUUGUCGAAUGGAUGUCAAAUAUGGAAAAACACAUAUUGUAGCUAUGUAUAUUUGUAUAACAGCAAAUGGCCCAAUUGAAAACCUUUAUAAAAAAUUACGCGAAUCUAAUUCUUCUAUUAAUAUUGAUGCAUUUAUUCGAAGAGUUAGAUUUAUAAUAAAAUUUGAAGGCAAUCCUAUAGAUACAAAUAUUGGAAAAGGAGAUGUUAUACGUAUUUUUGAAAAAGGAAAUAAGCAAGACUUUAAUAAUCGAAUAUUUGAUAUUGAAUUUAAUAAAGGAACAACUUUAGAACAGGCUAAAGAAGUUACUACAGAUUUAGGAACUAAUGGAACAAUAUUACAUGAUCUUGCAACGGGAUUGUAUUAUUGGAGACAAAAUUGGACAAAUGAAAUAAAUAAAUAUUCUACUACUAAAAAUAUUGAUGAUAUUACUGAUCAAAUUAUAACUAAUAUCCCUAAAUCAAAGCCUGGAGAACGAGUAAUAGCCUUUUUAAGUAAUAAAAACUACCAAAAUACAGAAAGAAAAAUUAAUACAGUUGAGGCUAUAUCAUCAAAAAAGCAAAACCAAAAUGAUAAUUUAAUUGAAGAACCAGAUUUACAAGCUGAAUUGUCUGGAUACAAUUCAUCUUUCUCUGCUUAUA